AUGGAUUAUAAAAAGUUUUUGCUAUUCGGAGAUUCUAUUACGGAAUUGGCUUUCGAUACUAGACCCCUUGAAAGUGACAAGGAUCAGUAUGCUCUCGGAGCUGCACUGGUUAACGAGUAUACCAGAAAAAUGGAUAUUGUUCAGAGAGGGUUCAAAGGGUACAACUCUAGAUGGGGGUUGAAAGUUCUUCCAGAGAUUUUGAAAAAUGAAUCCAACAUUGUCAUGGCCACCAUUUUUUUCGGUUCUAACGAUGCGUGCUCAGCAGGGCCUCAAAGUGUUCCUCUCCAUGAAUUUGAAGACAAUAUAUGCCAAAUGGUAUCUAUGAUGAAAGCUCAUCAUAUUUGUCCUAUUAUAAUAGGCCCAGCGCUGAUAUAUAGUCAAAAAUGGGAAGAAACAAAAGCUGAAGAAAAAGCUCUCGGCUAUCUGCGCACUAACCAAAACUUUGCUAUUUAUUCCGAUGCGUUAGCAAAACUGGCCAAUAAGAAAAAGGUACCCUUUGUGAACUUGAAUAAAGCCUUUCAAGAAAAAGGUGGAGAUAACUGGAGACAGCUGUUAACAGAUGGACUGCACUUUUCUGGAAAAGGAUACGAGAUUUUUCAUGACGAAUUAUUGAAGACCAUUGAGGAAUCGUACCCGGAGUAUCAUCCCAAGAAUAUGCAGUAUAAACUAGGAGAAUGGACUAACAUGGUGGAUAGACAAUAA